GCGUCUUUUAAAGCCACCACCAGCCAGCGCCGCUGUAACCCCGCGCACCGGCGGGUCGCUGGCUCCUGCCCUUUCAGAUCUGCGCCGACGCCGCGGCGGAUCCCGGGGACUCCCCGCGCCGGGAAUCUCCCGCCAGCUGCGCGCCGUGUCCCGGCGAAGGCAGGAGCACGUGGAGUGGCGGGGUGGCGAGAGCUGCUGCUCCAGCCCAGCCCGGCGGCGAGAUGGAAGAUAUAAAGCCAAACAUGGAACUGAAAAGCAGUCAGGAGCAGCCUGUGCCCACAGAAGGCCCAGUGAUUUUAAAUGACUACAGUGUAACCAAACCUCAUGAAACAGAAAACGCGGACAGUGCAGAAUGCCCAGCCAAUGAAGACGAAGAUACAGGAGACGAUUCCAUGAAAGUGAAAGAUGAAUACAGUGAAAGGGAUGAGAACGUUUUGAAACCAGAGCCCAUGGGAAAUGCAGAAGAGCCUGAAAUUCCUUACAGCUAUUCCAGAGAGUAUAAUGAAUACGAAAACAUUAAGUUGGAGAGACAUGUCGUCUCGUACGAUAGUAGCAGGCCGACCAGUGGCAAGAUGAACUGCGAUGUGUGUGGAUUAUCCUGCAUUAGCUUCAAUGUCUUAAUGGUUCAUAAGCGGAGCCAUACUGGUGAACGCCCAUUCCAGUGUAAUCAGUGCGGGGCAUCUUUUACUCAGAAAGGUAACCUCCUCCGCCACAUUAAACUGCACACAGGGGAAAAACCUUUUAAGUGUCAUCUCUGCAACUACGCAUGCCAGAGAAGGGAUGCACUCACAGGUCAUCUUAGAACACAUUCUGUUGAGAAACCCUAUAAAUGCGAGUUUUGCGGAAGGAGUUACAAGCAGAGGAGUUCCCUGGAGGAGCACAAGGAGCGCUGCCGGACGUUUCUGCAGAGCACUGACCUGGGUGAGACCGCAAGUGCGGAGGCAAGACACAUCAAAGCAGAGAUGGGAAGUGAAAGAGCUCUCGUUCUGGACAGAUUAGCAAGCAAUGUGGCAAAACGAAAAAGCUCAAUGCCUCAGAAAUUCAUUGGUGAGAAGCGCCACUGCUUCGACGUCGGCUACAAUCCCAGCUACAUGUACGAGAAGGAGAGCGAGAUGAUGCAGACCCGGAUGAUGGACCAGGCCAUCAACAACGCCAUCAGCUACCUUGGCGCCGAGGCCCUGCGCCCCUUGGUCCAGACGCCGCCCGCUCCCACCUCGGAGAUGGUUCCAGUCAUCAGCAGCAUGUACCCCAUAGCCCUCACCCGCGCCGAGAUGCCCAACGGCGCCCCCCAGGACCUGGAGAAGAAGAGCGUCCACCUGCCAGAGAAGGGCCUGCCUUCCGAGAGGGGCCUCUCCCCCAACAACAGUGGCCACGACUCCACGGACACUGACAGCAACCACGAGGAACGCCAGAAUCACCUGUACCAGCAGAACCACAUGGUGCCCCCGCGGGCCCGCAACGGCAUGCCGCUGCUGAAGGAGGUCCCGCGCUCCUACGAACUCCUCAAGCCCCCGCCCAUCUGCCCGCGGGACUCCAUCAAGGUGAUCAACAAGGAAGGGGAGGUGAUGGACGUGUUCCGCUGUGACCACUGCCGCGUCCUCUUCCUGGAUUACGUGAUGUUCACCAUCCACAUGGGCUGCCACGGCUUCCGCGACCCUUUCGAGUGCAACAUGUGCGGGCACCGCAGCCACGACCGGUACGAGUUCUCGUCCCACAUAGCCCGGGGAGAGCACCGGGCCGCGCUGAAGUGAAGGAGCGCCUGCCGCCGGAGGAGGUUUGCGCCUGCGCGUUCAACAUCGCGUUUGAAAAAAUGCUACUACGCCCGCCUAACGAAUCACUAUCAAAACCACGUCACUUGCAGCCUCUUUUUUAUACCACUUUUAGUAUCCAAAGGGUUCGCAUUGGCCAGAGAGAAACGUCUCCAUUCAAAAGUUGUUUGCAGAGAAUACUAGUGUUACUACUUUUGUGAAACCUUUCUUUUCCCAUUAGUGCCUUCAACUCCAAGCCAUUUAAAAGCCAGUGCAGUAUUUGGUCGUUGUCUUCUGCGUCGAUAGAACGAGCUUGCCCUGGAGUGUGUUGCUAGACCCAAAGAGUCUUCCCGCUGUGCAGCCCGAGACACUCUUUCUGAGCUGCGUCAGCCAUACGUGCCAAAGCCUUUGGGUCCCGAGCCCAGGCCGCACAGGAGAGCCGACCACCCGACCUUGCUGGGAAGCCCUGUCUUUCUGCCCUUAGCCCAAGGCGGAAGGGUUAGCAGCGAACCUCCCGCCCCAAUUAGAGUUUAAUAGCAAGGAAAAGACUAGCCAUCAAAACAAUGCCUGUUACCAAUCACUGAUGAUUCAGUCUUGGAGCAUCACAUCGAUUUCUUAUCACAUAAACAAACAAAACAAAACAAAACAAAACAAAAAAACAAGUCAUCUGAUAAUACUUCUGCUUCUCCUCUUCACUCUUCCGUCUCCCGUUAAAAGCUGCUUUGGCGUAAAGCAGUCUUCUAGAGGAGAAAUUCUACCCCAGAAAAACGGAUGGUUUUUGAUACAGACUGUGGUCGAAACUCGAGGACGUUGGCCACUGGGAACCACCGCAUCCAUUUCCUGUGACCAGACUGGCAGCGCUGGGCUCCGCGGGGAGGAAGACGGUUCAGCAGCACCACCAGUGCAGGAAAAAACUCAACGCCUCCCUGGACUUCCUGGUCUCCUUCGUGGAGUGUACAGAUCCAAAGCAAACUUGGCAACAAUUAAAAAAAGAAAGAAAGAAAAGAAUCCAGAGGCAAGGACUCAGGAAUAGACGGCAUGAGCGUGUUAAAUCAGAGCCGGGCUUCACGAUGGGGUGAGCGGGGGCACCUCCGCUGAUGGGUUCUUCAUCAGGCGGGGGGUGGGGGGGGGUUCUUUCUCCGCGUUUGAAUGGAGCUGCCGUAUUCCACAUAGACACCUGACAGUCUGGUUGGGACAGUGGGGAAUUACAACCCAGCCCACCGUUCUUUCGAUGUCGUCUCUGUAAACGCUGACUCUGACCAAUGUGUGGCUUGUAGAUAAAUAGCAUGUUUGUAUCGGAAUCCUAGGAACUAACUUCAAAAGACACAGACGCCAGCCUUGAGGCGUCCCAUCUCUGCCAGGUCUGCUGACCGUCACCGUGGGGCCAGGGUGACGCACCCCAGACCUUCCCUUGCCUUAUCGGAGCGGACUGAGCUCACCUGCACCUAGAGAACUCUGCAACCCCCUCCCUUGAGCUCUUUGCUCUUCUUCCCCUCUCCCUCCUCAUAAAAACCUCCGCCUGCCCCGAGAGGUUGCGAUGGGCUUUGAGACAAGAGUCCCCCAUCUUCCAGGUUUCCAGCCCCUGAAAAUAAGCCCCUUUCCUUUACGGUCAGCACCUGUCUCUCUAGUAUUAGCCUGACCUGUGUUUGGUUAUGAUCUUGGUUCUGCAGAUGGUUCUGGCCAUCUUUAUCCUUGAUUAUGGGAGGCAUGCUCUCAAAAAAAAAAAAAAAUACCCAAAAACCAAAACAAAAACCUCUGUGAUAACUGUAAAACUAGCACCGGAAUGAAUAGGGGUCACAGAAUCCUUUUGUUAAUUCCAUGUUUGCUCCUAAUUAGCUGUAGGACUUUGGACAAAUCACUUAACCCUGAAAACUAAGUUUCCUCAACCAUUGAGUAAGAGUUGGAUUUAGACACUCUCUAAGGCCCCUUCCAACUUUAAAUGUAUGUAAUUAUGCCACAACCAGCUAUUUUUUAAAGCUCUUGAGGUAUGGGUAUUAAAUACCCAUGAACGUUUGAAAAAGUCAGCAUUUAUGCAGCAUUAAGUACUAAGCAGAAGACUCUUUGUAUGAAUAUGUGUUUCACAUGUCUUUGGUGUGAAAAUAGUAGUGUUAAGUUUUUCCUUUAACCACUGAGUUGUGAAUGUGAAGAGGAUGGCGGAGAGGAACAAAAAACAGGAAGGUAUUUUGAUCUUCCCCAAAGUGUAUAGACAAACCAGCACCUGCAGCUGCCUACCGACGCCUCCCCCCCUCCCCGCCCCGCCCCGCCCCCCACUUUUGAGAGCUCUGUGUCAGGGAAAAUAAGUUCUGCUUCCAGGGACAACUUCCUGGAGCCUAUUUACAAAUCAAGGGUCAGCUUCGGGGAACAUUUCUACCAGAGCCAAGAAUCCCUAAUUCCUGGUAGAUUAGCGUUUGAGGCGUCUGCCUUGAUGUUUCGAAAGGGUUUCUGCACUAGGCUCAAGCUCGUUUAUGUAAUUAAAAUGUUCCACCUCAGACUGCACAAAUGGCUUAUCCCUCUUUGUAGCAUGGCGUCUGUCUCAGGAAAAAAGAUGGUGUGAAAUUCCAUGGCAACAGUCCCAACAUGCUGGAGAUUGCAGCUAAAAGACUAGAUGUAUUUCGGGGGUAGUCUUCAGUAUACCACUGUGUUUCCAUAAUCCGAGACUCCAAGCUGCGCCAGGUUCCUUAUACCCAUCGUGAAAGAGGAGCUGCUUAUUAUAUGCUUGAAAUAUCACACACCCUGUGGACUCUUCAGGGGACGGAAGGAGGAGGAGUGGGAAGCAAGGAUUAGUGGGAAAGACAGCUAGAGCAAGCGAGCAUUUCCACCAGAUUAGUGGGAAAAUCUUCACUGAAGACAUCAACUUUUGCACCUUAAGGUAAUGAAACUAAGGCCCAUCCCACCCACCUGGAGAUGUUGUUUUGUCGCUAUGACCCUUAUUUUCCCUGUGACUAAUGGGUUUUCUGAAUGAUUUACCAGGGCUGCACUUUCACUGCGGGAUCUGGUGCCUAGUGGGGGCACAUCCAGUCAAGAGAAAAUUCGUGUGUGGAAACUCCGCAUUCUUAAACCCUCAAGCUAGACUACAUGGCACCCAGUAGUUACCACCACACAGGUGAACACUGCCUUCUGUAGGGACCCCUUAUACCAACUACUGACCCCCACCCUCCCCUUCUGCGGCUGGGGGAAGAGGGUAAGGGAGAAUCUUAGCAGAUGCCCAGAGAAAAGGGCAAGGCUGGGGCAGGACUCACAUCUGACCCUGUUGGACAGGGUUCAGUCCCUCGUCAGGGCACAUAUAAGAAUCAAUCAAUGAAUGCAUAAGUAAGUGGAACAACAAAUCAAUGUUCCUCCCCCUCCCUCCUUCCCUCUCUCCCCUCCCCUCCUGCCACCCUUCCUC